GAGUCACUUGGAGCCCACUGAUUUGGUGGGCUCAUGGUAUCCGUGCUACGGGUUUCACUCUAGUUUAUCAAAUCCAUGAAAUAUCAUCUCAGUACCAGGGACAUAAAUCCGUGUCUACCCAUGUCCAGAUCCAGACUAAAGAGUUACGGACUAAUGGGAUACAUAUAGUAGUGAGUUAUGUACUAACGGGAUCAUGACUGGCGGAACAUGACAAGCGGCUCAUGACUGGCAAGGUACAACUAGCGACUUGAGAAGAAUUGGAUCUUGACUGGCGAGCUGCGAAUAAGACGAUGUCGGACACCUCCUCCGAGACAAGCGGCGAUGUGGGAGGUUGCAAACAGAUAGAUCUAUCUCACGUCGCAUGUUCCUUCAUGUUCAAGAGCAUCUCCAGACCAACAACUGCCUCCUCCAUCCGGGCAAAACUCUGGUCACGUGAGCGUCAAGCGUACGAGGAGGAAUACCAUCGCAACAUGCAGCAGUUCCGGAACAGGCCGUACAUGAAAUACGAGUACCCGGAAAUAGGACGCCAUUAUCCGGGUACUUGGCGGACGGCCGGUCCGGCGGAGUUGGACUCCAUUGUGGCGCGGCUUACCAAGAAAACAGCGGCCAGCGUCGCGCGUGAGCAUGAUAUUAAGUCGCAGCAUUCGUACGUGCUGAAGAAGAGGGGGAAAUCGACUCGAGUGAAAAUGGACAAAUAGUGAGACCUGGUUUAACUUUCACUGAUGACGUUGGAAAAUGGACGCCCUGUUACCGAACAGUGACGGAUUUCUUUUCAUGUGACGGAUAUCACUUUUGAGAAUAUCCAUGGUUUUUUUAAAUUGGUGACGGGUAUUAAAAGCUCUGGUUUGUGAUGUCAUAUCAAAAUGACUUUUUGUUGUAGGCUUAAUCCACCCUUGGGUGAGUGUGAGAGUGAGUUGGGUGUAACGCCGCUUUGAACAGUAUUCCAGUUAUAUCACGGUGCGUCUGCUUGAUGUGGGAGGAAAGCCGGAAGUGACGCAAGUCUUCGUUUACCACUUCGGUGAAACCCACGAGCAAAAUCCACCCUUUGACCCCUGCGAUACUGUCAUUAGUUAAACAAGUAUAUACACAUAUAUAUUUGUAAUUACUCAACAUAUGAUAGGGGUCUUCCUGUUAGUAUUCGAUAAUUCUUUUCUUGUUUUAUUAUUUGUUUUACGGAUAUCUUGUCUCGAAACCUUGAGUCGGUGGUCGAAAUAAAAAUGUA